AGAUCACAAUAUAUUGCCCUAUAUUGAUAGAAUUAGACCAGCGACGUAGCUACCCUCCUCCCCUCCUCCUCUUCCCAAUUUACACAAUGAGUCACGACAGGCUGCACACUGUACAUGGUGCUCCACUCACAUAGUGUCUACUUGCUUACUGCUGCUUCCAGGAAGCUACUUAAAUCAUCCUCCAAUCACCACCCUUCUCCAAUCGCCAUUAACCAAUCAGAGAGCCCCGUCAAACCCUCCCAGCCAAUCAGAACGCUGCAUCUCUAAUCAACUCCCUCCCCGUGCUCCUAUCUGCUCCGGAUUUCAAUUAACUGACGUAAUUAACAGCCCUUCAUUCUACUCUGUCACGUGUUUCAUCUCCACCAAUGAAACGGAAGUAUUGCAGUCACGUGACAUGGAUCUGACUAAUCAGAGAGCGAGUUGGCUUGUGCUCGUGCAAGAUUAUGAUUUGUGGCUACUAUUCUCUUGGUUUAACUUGAUGGGUCUCGCUCCUUGGCUUGUUUUAUCUCAUCUAUUACGUGAUCUUUAAGAAGUGCGCACGCUUUUGUUCUGAGUUGAUUUCGUUGUUCCAAAACUUCCAAUGGAGUCGCUGAGGGAGGUGAUGAAUGGAAAGUCAUGGGUCAGCGCCUGGAAAACAAAGGGGUUCACAAUGCAGACCUCAAGGGAUCAAAAGAAAGGAAUCCGAACAAUGUCCGUCAGUUUAGAGAUCCAAGCUCAGGUGAUGGUUAGAGACAUGUCCACUGCUAAAUCUGAAGAAUGUGUCCAGGAACCAGAACCUGACAACCCAAACUCGGACCCACUCUCACUGGAGGACCCGCCAAGUUACGAGGAGAGCCUGUGUGAUGGAACUAGCUGGGACACUAACCUAACCUGGCCAAAUACCCUGGUGAACAGGGACGAACUCGCUCAAAUAUUCAGAGUGAACGACUACGACUACUCCACCAGAGGCAGAGCCUUCACGGUGUCCGGACCAGCUGAGAUAUCCGCACCCAAAUACCGGAAUAUAAUCAACUACUUCGAGAACAGUCUAGAGGAUAUGAGCAGUAUAGAGUGGAGCAGCUGCAGUGGGAUCCAACGUAGUGCACUGCAGUUACAAGGCAGUCACUAUUCCUGCAGCGAUAUAGAAUCCAGUCAUACCCCCAUCACUAGAAGCAGUAUCAAAGCGGUUAGCAAGGACGUCAUACAUUGGGAGUAUAUAAAUGAGAUAAGUCCCAACUCCCGGACAAGAUUCACCGUCCGCCUCGUCCCUGAAACGGACGAUGAUCCUCCUAACUACUCGCAGAUAGAGGACAAUAACCGCGAAUCUGGCAUAGCAGAAAUCAGACCGAGCUCAACGACUGGAACGUGCAUUAUCAACAAUAACGAUAACAGACACUGUGAUAUUGGCGGCAAUCCUGCUGACAAUUCUCAUCUCACCAAACAACCUUCCGCUCCUUCUCUCGAACAGAUAAAUCAGCCGUCAGCCCCAAUGCAGCGGAGUGACAGUUGGUACAGGGGAGGACCCCAGUUGGGCAGAACAGUAACAGCUCCCGGUAUUCUGGAAAAAGUGGAUAUUGAGUCAGCUGACCGCCGGCAAAUAUCAGCGCCGGGUAUUCUGCAGAGCGGGAGGAAUGAGGCGAGGGAUACUGAAGUGGAGGAGGGGAAGACUGUUUCAUUUUACCUUGGAAGAGGACAAGAGGGGGGUGCUAAUAUCGAGAAAAAAGGAGUAGAAGCGAAGAUUUAUAACGACGCAAGCUUUCCGGGACACAUGAAAAAAGAAUGCAAAACAUCGGAGACAGAAGAUUCAGGGUACGGUGAGGAUGGUGUUAUGUCAGACACAACCCCUCUCAGAUUAUCAGAGAUAAACAUGAAACCUCUCGACUCGUACGAUCACGUCAUCUCCAUGGAGAAAGACAACAGUAGAUCUAAUCUAAUGUCACAUCCAGAGGACUGGGAGAACCAUCGACUAUUCAGAACGGAGGAGCCUAAAUCCGGCACAUCCUGCACAAUCUGGUUAGCGAUACUGUUCUUCCUAAUCGACCUGAUCAUGAUCAUAUCAGGAGCUCUCCUCCUCAUACUCAACUACCAUCAGAACGUCAUUACCGGAUUCGUGCUCCUCGGCCUCGGUAUCGGAAUGUGCAUUCCUGCUCUGAAUUACAUCGGAGGCCUCCCCACAUUAUGCGCCGGAAUACAGAGCUAAUCUUGCGACCCAGCAUCACUUUAUAUCAGUAUAAACGUCAUGAUUACAUCAUAAUGACAUCGUAACCCAACGAACUUCUCUAGGCAAUAUUUGAGCUGGACUCGUCCACAGAAAUUUUAACCGCUAAGGCAUAUUUAACGACCUCAGAUAUAAAGAACUCAUCCUGCCUCAUUUCUAAUUUUCUAGUCUUUUUAUAAUGCAGGUCAUAGUCAUUCUAGGUAGUUUUGUAAUAAGCCAUAUUUUCUUUUUCUUAGUUUUUUAAGAAAUUUAAAAAUAUUUUCUAAGCUAAGAGCUUGAAAAACAUUUUUGAUCAGAAUGAACAAUUGAGUUAACAAAGUUACGGUUUCGUCGAUUAACAAGUAUACUUUUUUGAUUUUUAAAAUUAUAACUAAUCUAAUAAAUUUGUUAGGCGUUGCGUAAUGAUGAUAUUUGUAAUAUUUAUUCGUUAUUUGUAAAAUUUUUUGAGGGAUUAUUGGAGUACUUGAAGUACGGUCACUUAUUCUUUAUUCAGUGCCCUGGGAAGUAUAAAACCACAAGAGAGUACAUGGUCUAUUUACGAUUAACUAAGAUUAACAGUCUUAAGUUUUGGUUUAACUUGUCCUUGAUAUUACUACUUGGAUCAUCGAGAUGACAAUUAAAAUAAUUUCGGUAUUUUAUUUCUUCCCGACAAUAACAUCAUAAGUUUGUUGCUGUCAACACAGUUUAAGUCAGGUACUUAUUUUUUAAACAUAGCUAAGUAUCGAUGCCAAGAAAAACGUGUAUAGUGAAUCACUUUAAACAAACUUGAAAAGUAUCAACUCUAAUGAUUAGUUGGAAUUGUUGUAAAUUUAAAAACCUCGUACCAUUAUCACUACUUAGCUGAAUUAAACUGGCGAAUUCUUUUACAGAACGCA